AUGGGGCGCGCUCCCACCUCGAUCCGCCACCCAUGGAUCAACGUGGUGUGGCAUUCCGGCGUGUCCCAUCCCCCGUUGCGCUCGACCCUGCGAUCCAAUACCAAUACAUCUCCCCAUUUUUCCAACGUCCAGUUAUAUAAAGGGCAAUAUGUCAGACCCACUCCCCCAGGUCAGCUACCACAGCUCGCUUACCCUUACAACAAAAACAAGGAAAUGAAAUUCACUAGCACCUUUGCCGCCCUCGCUACUCUCGUGGCUACCGUAUUGGCCGUCCACAGCGCCGACGCCGCUGUAGCAGACGUCCUCGCGGUGGGAUUCAGCGGCCCGGCGCUGGACGUGAGCGCCAGGGCUCUCGAAGCUAGGAGCGGAUGUGGCUCCAUCUGUCCGCUCGGGGAGGAGCAUUAUAUCUGCUACUGCCAGGCAAUGGACGCGUCCGGCUGCUACCCGGGCACCGUCAGCCAUAUCGCCAUGGAGGUCGACGACCCGAACGACACCAUACAGUAUGCAAAGGGGUACAACACAAACAGUCUCGAGUUUACUUGUCCCUCCGCGGGCACAGUCAGGUGUGAGGCGAACUUCAACGAUAACGAUGACGAACCGAACUACAGUCUCCGGGUCGUAUCGGCGUGA